AUGGCAAGUGAAAAUAUUUGUUUGAAGCGUUCGUCUAAGCCGAGAAGAUCAUGCGAUUCGAUAAGUAUUUUGGUGGUGGAUGAUGAUACAACAUGUCUUGCAGUUGUUGCAGCGCUGCUUAAGAAGUUCAAAUAUUCAGUUGUGACGGCGAAGCACCCAAAUGAUGCGCUGUGCGCCCUUCGGAUCAAGGUCGGUGCGUUUGAUUUGGUGGUGUCGGACGUCAACAUGCCAGACAUGAACGGUUUCCAGCUUCGAGAAGCCAUCACUCAUGAAUUCAAUCUGCCUGUGAUUUUGAUGUCGGUUGAUAGCAAAGAGGUUGUGCUUUCGAAGGUGAACAAGAGUGGCGCUGCACUUUUCAUAUCAAAGCCAGUGUCUCCAAAUGACUUGAAGGAUUUAUGGCAAUUUGCUUCCUUGAAAAAGAAAGCAAAUAGUAAUGAAAACUCCAAGAGAAGACCACAGAAUAAAGAGAGGCUUGAAUGUGGUGAUGCUAAUACUAAAAAGCCCAAAGUUAUUUGGACUAAUGCCCUGCAUUAUCGCUUCUUGGAGGCUAUUAGAAGCAUUGGUCUCGAGAGUAAAGAAAAUGUGGCUAGCCAUUUGCAGAAAUAUAGGAUGUUCUUGAAACGAGUUUCAGAUGCAAGUUACAAACUCGAGGCUGGUGAGGAUGAUGGGGCUAUGAUUCGGAUGCCAAGCUAUGCGUCGAAUUAUUCUCUCAACAGAUUAACCAAACCUCAGUUUCGGUUUGAGUCAUAUCAGACACAUCCCACAUCCCAUAUUAGUCUUGGCUCAAAUUCAAUCAACAAAAAGUCAGAAAUUACUUGUGCAUUGCCUUCUACUACUCAUAUAGUGCACCACCAGUCAGGAAACUCUGUGAAUUUUGAUAUUGAUGAGUUGCUGAACAACAUUGACCAAACUUGUUACGCGGAACAUUUAAAUGAACCGUUGCUGCUGCCACCACUGCCUUCAUCGAAUCUGUCUUUUGUCCAAGACCAGCAGUUCAAUGGAGGGAUAGUUGAUGAUUCGCCGUUUUGUUCUGUUUAUGAUUUGCCUGCCUCACAUGUACAACAGCCCUUCAACUUGAAUCCAACUCAUCUUCACAGUAGUAUGCCCUCAUAUCAACUCAUCAACUUCCAAAAUCAACAACAGCAGCGUGGAUGUGAAUAUACUGAAAGCCCCACCCUCUUAUAUGAUGACAUUGGCAUGACUAGUUCAUCUUAUGAUCUAGCUGGCUACCAGGUACAAGGAACAAUAGACUCUGUGGUGUUUGGAACUACUUCUUCUCAGUUCCAUAAAGCUAUUGAAUCUACAGAUCAGUGCGACUACAACGACGCUGCUCUGGAAUCUUUACUUGCCUUUGGACUGUUUGGAGAAGAUCAAAUCCAAACCCUUGAAGGGAUCUGA